AUGUCGAAACGCCCCGGGUAUUGGCUUUCCAUCUGUUCAGGUCCCGGACGUGCUUGGAUUCGCAAACGGAUCGGAUCAGACGAAUUCGAAGAAAUUUCCGAGGAGCUACAAGACAGUUGGGCGAAGGCAUUGAAGCUCGAACAUAAUGAACCUGCCUCGAAGUGUGCCGAACCGGAGCCUCAGCUUGCUUGGAAGUAUUGCAACGCUUAUUUCGAACGAUCAGUUGACGGCUUAUUUGGUGCCGUGUAUAGACCAGAAUUCGAGCGAUAUUUACGAGCGCAUCUCUCUGGCAAGCUCGACUACAACGACUCUGCUUGGUAUGCACUUCGCAAUGUAGUGUACGCCGGUGGUUGUCGGAUAUCGCGCUCUGAGGAUGCAAGUGCCAAUUUUGUAGGUGUGCAAAGGGAGGCAUGGGGUUAUUUUCAAAAUUCGCUUUCCGUACAUAGCGAGCUGUUACUGACAAGACCAUCACUGAGGUCUGUCCGAGCAUGGUUAGCAAUGGGCCUUUUUGCGGAUGGCUUAGCAAGCCCGGCUCUCAGCUCUGGGCUGGUAUCUAACGCAGCAUUGCUGGCUCAGUCACUCGGUCUUCACCGUAAAACAGUCGAAAUCGGAUCAAAUAGAGGCUCGGAAGCACUACGGCAGACAUGGCUCUUCUGGGGAGUGUACUGCAGCGAAAAACAUAUCGCACAAAGGUGCGGUCGUCCCUCUGUGAUCGAUGACGACGAUAUUGACUGCGAUAUACCCUCCAUAUUGCAAGCAGCAAGCAGUACCGAGCCAGAAAUGCUCACAUAUACCAUCCAAGCUUGUCAGAUUUAUGACCAAAUCAGCAAAGAGCUGCUGGCCACCCAGGCACUUCACGAGCCUCCUAUGAAGAUGUUUGAUCUUGUUGCGCACUUCGAUACCCAGCUCAGAUUAUUCAAAGAGGCGCUACCCCAACAGCUUCGACCUGUCAGCUGUUUGAAGCAAUUUCACAUGCCGGGCACCAUCAGGAUGUUAGGCCUGAUGACGACUCAUUGCUCUUUUUACGACCUUCUCAUGCUUGUGCAUACUAUAUUUGCGUACCCGUGGAUCAUCGAGUCGUUUCCGAGCAGUUUAGACGCCAGCCUCGCUGUCAAAGUCAAGACACAGAUUGCUGUGAGCUCACAAAUCGUUGCAGACGUUGCACGCAGUCUUAUAGUCAUCGAAAGGAAUUUGGAUAUCGACAGAGCAGGCACUCAAUCAUUCAUGCUCCAUUUUCCAAUGCAUACCUUCGUUGAUCUAUUUGUGUAUGUUAAUGCAAAUCCAGAAAUGCCCUCUGUAAAGUCGGACCUUGCGCAUCUGGAUGUGGCCGCAGUGUACUUUGGGCAAAUGGAGUUUGUGACCGGAUCCAAACUCAGGUUUCCAUUGCACGCGACAUUGCAGCAAUCGCCCGAAAGGUGGUGGACGAAGCUUCAGCAGCGAGCUUGUCAGACGGUCCUGCACAGAGCCUUGGUGAACCGCAAUUUCAUCAUGCUCCAGUAA